AUGGCUGACGAUCCGUCCAAGGCGGCCACGGAUGACCACACCGCCACUGCUAUUCUCAGGCAGAAGAAGUCGGCCAACCGGUUGAUGGUUGACGAGAGCCCUUCCGAUGACAACUCGGUGGCGAUCCUUCACCCCAACACCAUGGAGGCGCUUGGUCUUUUCCGAGGAGAUACUGUUAUCGUCCGCGGGAAGAAGAGGCGUGAUACUGUUCUUAUCUGUCUGAGCCAGGAUGAUAUCGAGGAGGGCAAGAUCGCUAUGAACAAGGUCGCCCGUGGAAACUGCGCGAUCAAGCUCGGCGAUUCGGUCCACGUAUCUGCCGCCAACGAUAUCAAGUACGGAAAGCGGAUCCACGUUCUCCCCUUCUCCGACUCUAUUGAGGGUCUUUCCGGCAACCUGUUCGACGUGUACCUCCGCCCCUACUUCCUUGAGGCUUACCGGCCGGUCCGGAAAGGAGAUGUCUUCCAGGUUCGCGGUGGCAUGAGGACUGUCGACUUCAAGGUUGUGGAGGUCGACCCGUCUCCGUACUGUAUUGUCGCUUCCGACACUGUCAUCCACACCGAGGGCGACCCGAUCGACAGGGAAGCCGAGGAGGCGGACCUCAACGCUGUCGGCUACGACGAUUUGGGAGGAUGCAGGAAGCAGUUGGCUCAGAUCCGAGAAAUGGUUGAACUUCCCCUCCGCCACCCGCAGCUCUUCAAGGCUAUCGGUAUCAAGCCCCCUCGCGGUAUCCUCAUGUUCGGUCCCCCUGGUACCGGUAAAACCCUCAUGGCCCGUGCCGUCGCCAACGAAACCGGCGCCUUCUUCUUCCUCAUCAACGGACCGGAAAUUAUGUCCAAGAUGGCGGGAGAGUCCGAGUCGAAUCUUCGCAAGGCGUUUGAGGAGGCCGAGAAGAACAGCCCCUCCAUCAUCUUCAUUGACGAGAUCGACUCUAUCGCACCCAAGCGAGACAAGACCAACGGAGAGGUCGAGCGUCGAGUAGUCUCGCAGCUCUUGACGCUCAUGGACGGUAUCAAAGCCCGGUCCAAUGUCGUCGUCAUGGCCGCUACCAACCGUCCCAACUCGAUCGACCCGGCUCUUCGUCGUUUCGGGCGGUUCGACCGUGAGGUUGACAUCGGAAUCCCUGACCCGACCGGUCGUCUCGAGAUCCUACGCAUCCACACCAAGAAUAUGAAGCUUGGUGAUGAUGUGGAUCUCGAGCAGAUCGCGGCCGACACACACGGUUACGUCGGUGCCGACAUGGCCUCCCUCUGUUCCGAGGCGGCCAUGCAGCAGAUCCGAGAGAAGAUGGACCUCAUUGAUCUCGAUGAGGACACUAUCGACGCCGAGGUGCUCGACUCGCUCGGCGUCACGAUGGAGAACUUCCGGUUCGCCCUCGGUGUCAACAACCCGUCGGCGCUGCGCGAGACGGUCGUCGAGAUCCCCAACGUCAAGUGGAGCGAUAUCGGAGGUCUCGACAAGGUCAAGCGGGAGCUCCAGGAGACUGUCCAGUACCCUGUCGAGCACCCCGAAAAGUUCCUCAAGUACGGAAUGUCCCCGUCCAAGGGUGUUCUCUUCUACGGUCCUCCAGGUACCGGUAAGACGCUGCUCGCCAAGGCCAUCGCCAACGAGUGUCAAGCCAACUUUAUCUCCAUCAAGGGUCCCGAACUUCUCACCAUGUGGUUUGGUGAAUCCGAGGCCAACGUCCGCGAUGUCUUUGACAAGGCCAGGGCUGCCGCGCCCUGUGUCAUGUUCUUUGACGAGUUGGACUCGAUCGCCAAGGCGCGAGGUGGCGGUGGUGGGGAUGCUGGAGGUGCGGGCGACCGUGUCUUGAACCAGAUCCUGACUGAAAUGGACGGUAUGAACGCCAAGAAGAACGUAUUCAUUAUCGGCGCUACCAACCGACCGGACCAGAUCGACUCUGCUCUACUCCGUCCCGGACGUCUUGAUCAGCUUAUCUACAUCCCUCUCCCCGACGAAGCGUCGCGUUUGUCCAUUCUUACCGCCGCGCUCCGCAAGUCGCCUAUCGCCCCCGACGUGGAUCUCGCUUUCAUGGCCAAGAGCACCGCCGGAUUCUCCGGUGCCGAUCUUACCGAGAUCUGUCAGCGGUCCGCCAAGCUCGCUAUUCGUCAGAGUAUCGAGUCGGACAUGCGCAAGGACCGGGAAGCCAAGGAGAAGGCCGAGGCGGCUGGCGAGAGCGGAGAGGAUGUCAACAUCAUGGACCAGGAUAAUGAGGAGGAUGACGUUCCGGCUAUCACCAAGGAACACUUUGAGGAGGCUAUGAAGUUCGCUCGUCGGUCCGUGUCAGACUCGGAUAUCCGCCGAUACGAGAUGUUCUCUACGUCGAUGCAGCAGUCGCGCAGCUUUGGCAACAACUUCAAGUUCCCCGAGGGCGGAGAAGGGACGCAAGAGGGUGGUGCGAGCUUCCAAAACGAGGCGGAUGACGAUGAUUUGUAUGCGUAG